AUGAAGUGAUGAGUGCUGUUAUGAAGUUGAAGGUGAUAGAAGGACAUUUGGGUUCACUUUCUGGAUUCUCUAAGCCCAAAAUUAAAUAUGAACAAUAUGAAACACCAGCUCAUAUUGCUGCAAUUGCACUUUAUACAAUACAGACUCAAUUUGAGUCCCUGGAAAAUAAGCUAGUAUUGGAUGCAGGUUGCGGACCUGGUAUGCUUUCUGUGGGGGUGUCUCUCCUUGGAGCUGCUGCCGUUAUUGCAGUAGAUAUUGAUUAUGAAGCUCUUCAAAUUCUGAACCAAAAUAUUGAAGAAACAGAAACCACCAAUAUAGAUGCUAUUCAAUGUGAUUUUCUUGAUUCUGAGAUGUAUAGGUGGAAUAAUUGUUUCGACACUGUUGUAAUGAAUCCUCCAUUUGGUACAAAGAACAAUGCAGGAAUGGAUAUGAAGUUUUUGAAAAUGGGUCUCAACCUAAGUUCUGAUUGUGUUUACUCACUACACAAAUCGUCCACCAGGUAUAUAAGUGUGUUAUUAUUGCACAGGUCUCACAUAGAAAAAAAAGUUAGAGAAUGGGGUGUUAAAGGCGAGGUGAUAGCAGAGCUCCGAUACAAUCUAGAAUCUUCUUACAAGUUCCACAAACAUAAGUCUAAGGACAUAGCUGUUGACUUAUGGCGACUUUUUCACCCAUCAUGAUGUUGUAUAAAAAACUAUUAAUAUAUGUAUAGAUAAAUUUAAAAAAGUCUGUACAUUUACGGUCGUUUUUAGUAACCUAUCUAUUCUUAGUUUAACCUAUUACUUAGAGGUAAACAAAUCUAUCCUUUAACACUUACAUUUCAAUAACCUAUAAUAAAGCAUUAGACUAUAACUAUAUUGGACAUAACUAUGGAUAGAUAAGAUCUUGUCAUUAAACGGUGACAGCAAUGUAUCCGUAACUAGAGACACGUUAUUGAAAACCGUUAAAUGAUCGGGGGUGUUUCUCGUCUAUGGGCAGGAAAAUUUCUGAGUUUUGUUAUAAUAAAACCAAAUGAAAAAGUAUAAUUUAUUGAUAA